AGAGGCUGUCCCCUCAUCCAGCACUCUACAAAGCCUGGCAAGGCACCAUGCAUGUGCUGCACUCGCUGCUCCGGUUCAGAGAAAGCCAAGCCUGCCUGAGCUGCAAACAUGAUGUCCCUGCAUUCUGGGCCAUGCUCUGCAGCUCUCUGCACUUCACUCCUGCUCACCUGCAUCUGGCUGGGCUGGGCUGAGCAAUGCCCGACAGCACCCAGUCAAAUCAAAGGCCGAGCCAUGAUCCGCCUCCCAGCCAGCGAGGAGGCCGGCAGGAAUACCACGUUCUCCGGCUCCUGGCUGAAGUCUUACCUCUGCAGCCCAGUGACCACACUGCUCAUCCCCACACUCUACUCCACGGUGCUGCUGGUCGGACUGCCAGCCAAUGCCCUGGCUUUCUGGGUGUUGGCCACCAAGACCAAGAAAUGCGCCUCCACCCUCUUCCUGCUCAACCUGGCCGGUGCCGACCUGAUCUUCACCUUCCUGCUGCCCUUCAAGAUCUCUUACCAUCUGCUGGGCAACGACUGGCUCCUUGGGGAUUACGCAUGCCGUGCCCUGGUCACCCUGUUCUAUGGGAACAUGUACGGCUCCAUCCUCUUCCUCACUUGCAUCAGCCUGGACCGCUACAUCUCACUGGUGCACCCCUUCCUGUGGAGGGGCUCCCGGCAUGUCUGGCAGGCGGCGGGAGUCUGUGUGGGUGUCUGGCUGGCCGUGGGGCUGGGUUUGAGCCCGCUGCUGCGCUACCGCCAUUCCCAGCACGUCCCAGAGCUGAACAUCACCACCUGCCAUGACAUCCUGGAGCCGGACACGGAGCGCGAGCUGGCCUACUACUUUCCUGCGCUGGUGGUGUUGGGCUUCGCUGCACCCUUCGUGCUCAUCACCAUCUCCUACGGCUCGGUGCUGCGGCGGCUGCUCCACAAGGGGCGGCACUAUGGCCAUGUGGUACGCCUCCUGGCCCUGGUGCUGCUCGUCUUCACCCUGUGCUUCACGCCCAGCAAUGUGCUGCUCUUCUUCCACUACCUGCAGCCCCAGCCCGAGUGGCACAACCUCACCUACAGUUGGUAUGUGCUGGCCCUGGCCGUCAGCGCCUUCAACAACUGCCUCGAUCCCUUCAUCUACUUCUACGUCUCCCGGGACUUCCGGGCCCGGCUCCGGGCCAGGCCCUGUUGCCGGAUGGGGCAUAACAAGUCCUCCUCAGGCAGGGCCUCCGAGAAGCAGGUGCUGCCCCAGAGGUCCAGCGAGCACAGCCAGCCCUAGGCCAGGGGAGCCUUCAGGCAGUGGGAGGGGACUAGGAAACUGCUUUGUGUUUCCCCCACCACUGCCCAUGGGGCAACCAAGCAUUUGGAAAUGGCUUGCUCUCCAGCUCUGCCCCCAGCGCUUCCUCUGUGGCGCAGGGCCCACACCUCACCCUGCCCCAGCUCCGGGCGAGCUGCACAGAGGGCACCUCCAGCCAUGCCAUGGGUGCCAUCUCAGGAGAGGGAGACAGGGACCAGGAGCAGCACUGACACUGCCUCCCUCUGGGUCCUUGGCUGAGUUCCUUCCCCUUUAAGUGGUGCUGCCAUACCCCAUGGGGCUCGGUACCUAAUGCACAUCAGUCCCUCAGUAUCCUCAGGCUCUGCAUGGUCCAGUGAUCUGGACUCACCAGCUGCACCAGGGUCCCUGUGGCCUCUGGGGGCACACACUGCAAACCGGCAGCGUCCUGGACAUCCAGACAUGGCCAGGGUCAGGGGUGCACAUGGAGACAUGGGCCCUGGUUACUGAAUCUGGAACUCAGCUCCCACACUGGCUGCUGCCCCCUGUCACGUGUCAAUGUGCUCCCAUGUUGUUGUAUUAACAGUGUGGAGCUGUGCUGAGACGUGGCCAGGGGAACGUGGCCAGUUUGGCAGAGGGACUGCUGGCCCCUGUUCAGUCUGUUUGGAAUCAAGGGGGUAAAAUAUUCACUGGUGCAAUGCUCAGUAGUAGGGUCGUGUUUGUGCUGUCAUUAGGUUUCAGAAUCCACCCUCAUUCAGAUGAGGGGGCAGUUCCUCCCACUGGGAGCUGCUGUUUCAGGCUGGCUGCAGACUCAGGCAGGCUCCCUGCAUUGGCAACCCAGGCUCCCUUGCAAACAGGAGGCUGAGAUCCUGGAACAGGUGUCUGCAGCAUGGGCCCCGCUCCCAGCCGUGUCCAUUAAACUAAAGGCAAAGUGAUUUUACCCUCACCGUUUUCUGUGUCCUUGUGUGUCUUGUGUACAGCCCCCAGCUGGCACAUGUCCUCCCCCAAGUGAGCUAGGAUAGUGGGUGGGGGAGCUGCUCCCUGGGAGCCCAUCCCUCCCUCACCGCAGGGUGCUCUCAGCUCAGCCCCAGUGUGACCCUGAGAAUCCCCCAGGGCCGACCCACACCCACACCUUGACCUCAACUCCAUGCCAGUAACUCGGUGACCCACUGCAGCCCUGAACACCCCCAGUGCUGGAGCACAAACCUUGCUGUGACCCUCCUCUCAGCUCUGGCCCUGGGCUCCUGAUGGGACCCUCAACCCCCCAGGUGUGCCCAGGGUUCCAGAUGGGAGUGCAUCCACUGAGGCUCCUGCCAUGACCGCCAUCUCCCUGCUGCGGCCCUGAGGCCCCCGCUCUGCCCCUUUCCAACAUCAGCAUCAGCCCUCAGCCCUUUCCCUUCCCCAGGGCUCCCCGCAGGGCAAGUGCUAUCCCAUGAUGCAGCUCCCUGCUCCCCCUGCGACCUCCAGCAGGCGACCAGGGCUAUGAGGAGACCGAGCUCCCACUGUGGGAGACAGGCCUGGAAGUUGGCCAGUCAUUCAGAGUCCAUGGCGACAAGUGUGACCUUCCCCGAAGGCCAAAACAGCACAGGUGUCUUGGGUCUUGCCUGUUUCAGCCCAGCCCUUCUGGGGCUGGGGCUGCUCCCGGACCUGGCCUGUGCUCAGGGAUGCAGGAACAGCCUACAGGCCCAACUCCAGCAGCACUCUGGGCACCCCGUGGUGUUAGGCUCCUGCAUCCAUGUGCUGCAGCUGCAUCACUGCUGCCAGAACAGGAGCUGCAGGCAGCUUCUCCUUCCUGCUCAGCCUGGGCCGGGCUUAACCCCUCAGGGCUCUGGCAGAAGGUGUCACUGAGGGUAGAGGCUUGGGAGGCACCUAGGGAACCCCCACCACACACUGCAGCCCCUGUACACCAGAGCAGCUCCUUCCUCUGCACCAUUGCCCCAGGAGGGGAGCUUGCCCAGCAGGCAAGGGCCUGCACUUGCCCUGCCUCCUGUCCUUCCAACUGCGUUGUGUCGCCCAGUGCGUCACAGCUGGCUUCACCCUUGGGGCCGAGUCAGGCUCCUAACCACACCGACAGACACGCUGCUGAUCGACCACAGCUCAGGCCUUGGCAGCAGGGUCACUGGGGAACACAAUGCCCGGGCAGCCCACAGCCCUCACCUCCCCCAGCGCGGUCUGGGGUAGCGCUGGUGCCAGGUGUGACGGAAUAGGGAGUAAGGAGUAUUAACCUGGUAAUGUUGCAUGGGAGUUUUACUAGUUUACUGUCUGCAUUAAUACUAGAUGGUGAUGGGAAAUAAGGGUGUGACUUCACUGAGCGAUGAUACUUGAUGGCCAGCACGUAAACGAUGGUGGCUGCCCUUCGUACUCUGGGGUUGGGGCCAGGUGACACCUUCUGCCUGGGAAACGGGACAAAGGCUGGAGGAGGAGCUGGGGUGUGUGGCUGGGUGAGACUGCUGGAGGGAGUUUCAGUUGGGAGCUGGCUGGGGAGAGGGAGGCCCAGAAUCUGGGUCUGGGCUCUCCACCCCCCAAGAUGGACCUGACUGAGGGGUCCCGUUUUCUGUACCUACAAGCUCUGUUUUAAACUG